AUGAUUACGGGUGAAGAGAGGCGGUAUGCAGUGGACGCGGACACUCCCUCAUCACAUGUUGCAAUGACAGUUGAAAUGGUUCCCGUGGAUGUGAAUGUAGAAGUUGCUGUAAUUGAUGAAAUUCAAAUGCUGCGUGAUCAAAGUCGCGGUUGGGCAUGGACACGGGCAUUGCUUGGCAUCGCUGCCGAUGAGAUUCAUCUUUGUGGUGAAGAAGCAGCAAUCAAUAUUGUGCGUGGCCUACUGGAUCCCAUUGGUGAGCAUGUGGAAGUGCAUCUUUAUGAGCGGAAAACGCCGCUAAUUUUAAGCAGAGAAGCUCUAAAACGACUCGAUAAUGUUCAGGAUGGCGAUUGUCUUGUAUGUUUUUCUGUUUCGAUGUUAUUUUCUGUGGCAAAAAGUUUAAUGAAUUUGGGCAUUCAACCAACCAUCAUAUACGGAGCACUGCCACCGUGGACGAAGCUCAAUCAGGCAAAAAUAUUCAACGAAAUGAGCCGUAAGCCAAACGUGAUGGUCGCUACCGAUGCCGUUGGGAUGGGUCUCAAUUUGAAUAUCCGCAGCACAUUUAAGGUUACAACCCUACGACCAUUGGAUAUGCCGCUGCUAAGAGCAUUUAUGGGGGAACCGAUCAAGCCCAUCGAAACAGCUGGCAUUGCACCGACUUGCGAGCAGUUGGAAACAUUCUCCUAUCAUCUGCCUCAUGCUUCAUUCCUUAGUAUUAUCGAUAUGUUCAUCUCAAUCAGUUCACUCAGCAAGAGUUUCCACUUAUGUGAUAUCGAGCAAUUCCGGAAACUGGCUGAACUCAUCGAUGAUAUUCCACUGAGCAUGAAGGUAAGAUAUGCGUUUUGUACUGCCCCAGUUGAUAUGGAAUUUGAUAAUGGUAUUUCACGGGCAUGUUUCGUUCGAAUAGCUCGAAGAUUUUCGGAGGGCCAAGCAAUCAAUUACAACUGGUUCUGUGAAAUCAUUCAAUGGCCACUGCCUCGACCAACCAGCAUUACCAUGCUGCUGGAUUUAUGCAAACUCUACAAUCUAAUAGAUCUUUAUUUGUGGUUGAGCUACAAGUUCCCGGACAUGUUUCCGGAACGAGAAAAAGUUCGGCAAUUGGGCAAACUGAUCGAGAGUUAUAUCAGUGAAGCGCUAACAACCAUAUCCAAUAUUACAACCUCAAUGCAUGAUGAUGAGAUGGAAGAAGAACGCUGCUUUGAAGAAUUGGCGGAUUCAUCAGAUCCGAAAGGUGUUGUUGUUUAUUUGUCUGUGAGAGACGAGAAACUUAAGUACUAG